GCUUAGCGUAAAUUUAGCAGAGUGCUCACCUUUUUCUUUAAUCUCUUUCUUUUGAAAACCAUGGAAAGUGUACGUGUACCCAAUGUACUGUAAAUUGAUGUCAUUCUGACUUGAAAGCAGAGCGAAAAUGGCUGAAUCACCAAUAAAUCCAUUCACGCAUUCAUUGUGACCCCAAUUUUGCAUAUUUGGAAUCGUCCUUUAUUCAGACACGUACUCGGAAAAUUUCGUGCCAGACUCAUUUGUCUCCAUUUACUGCCAGCUCUCAGCCUCUCUCUCUCUGGGGUCUCUCCAUAUCUAAUGCCAUGAAAUUGAAGAAGCUCACAAACUCUGUGUUGUCUCCCUGCAUUCUUUAAUGACACAUUCUGAUCUUUCUCCUUCUUCUUCUUCAGGAAGUCCAGCCGAGGCAAAGGAACUUUCUUGGGGCAGGAUGUUAGCCUGUAGUUUCAUUAACUGCAGCUCUGUCGUUGAGCUUUGCUAUUUCGCAUUUCAAAUUGCAAAAUUCCAACUUUAAGGAGACCCAAGAUUGCGAAUUUUUGAGGAAGAUCUCUUGAGACGAAUCAUUACUCUCGCUGCAAAUUGAUGGGUUUUUUAGUUGGCAAGAAAAUGCAUUUUCCUUUUCCAUAAAUGAGGUUCUGGGUAUAACUCCGAGAGGUGGGAUUUUGGACUAUCAAACUUGGUUCAGUUGGGUUCCUUGUGAAUUAAGCACUUUGUUUUGCCCCCAUAUUUGAGAGAAAUGUUAGAGGGGCCUCAGUUUUGUUCUUCUCGGGUUUUGUCGCCGUUUCGCGAAGAAAGCGGCGACGAGGAGCUCUCCGUCCUACCGAGGCACACCAAAGUCAUUGUGACUGGAAAUAACAGGACCAAGUCUGUACUAGUGGGGCUUCAAGGCGUUGUCAAGAAGGCGGUCGGCCUCGGUGGCUGGCAUUGGCUGGUUCUGAAAAACGGGGUUGAAGUUAAGCUACAAAGGAACGCGUUAAGUGUGCUUGAACAUCCAACGGGCAAUGAAGAGGACGAUGAUCAUGAUUUUGACUCUAGUAGCGGCUCUGAAACUGUUGAAAAGGAUCGUGAUUUCUGUAAUGUUUUCGUCCGAACAGCCAGUUGCUUUGACUUCCACAAAUUUGGCAAGCCAAGAGGUAGGCAUACGAGGCCAUGGAUCACAUCUGCACCAGCAAAAUCAGUGAACCGAGGAUGCUAUAGAGAUGUGCAGUCCAUUAUUCAGACUCCUCAGCUGAGGGUAAACCUGUCGAAACUUGGGACGAAUUCGCUGUGGAGAUAUUGCAAACAUUACAAACUCGUGAACACCGGUUCCAAUCCUGGAAGGGAACAAAUGCUUAAAGCCGUGGGUCGGCAUUUCUCAUCACAGCAAGUGAACGAGACAGAAGUGAUCAUGGACUUCAUCCGUCUGGCCAAGAGACAGAAAGCGGGCGACGCCCGCGAUUACUGAGAACUCCUGGAAUGUCGGGAUGCUUGUGAUUAGACUGUACACUCCUCAAACCCUAACACCUUUAGAUGACUGAUAGAAUGAUGUGUGGAAACGGUUGAUAUGUGCAGCCAUGUUCAUUAUCUCUCACAGAUCCUAACCCCAUUUAGUCGUGACUGAAGAAGACUCGUGCACCAUGACGCUUUUUAGCUGUCAAUGCCAACUUAGUCGUCUCCAUCCCUUCUCUAAUCAAUCGAAUGGUCUUUUUAUCCUUA